UGAUUUAUAUGAGAGCCAGUCGUCAUUCUGUUUCGAUCAUAGUCAUCCUUGGGCAUCUUUACGAUGUCAUUUCGCUUCAUUAGCGACUCAAUUCUCCAUUUGACUUCAUUAGCCGUUGAUAGAUAAACACCUGGACGUCGAAGAUGUCGUUUCAAUACUUUUGAUUCGAACUCCUCGUUCGAACUCCUCAUGACAUAGUUUUAUACUAAUAAAAGAUCGGCUUCAAACCGGUGAAACAAUACACGGCAAAAACAUCAAUUUAAUAGUAAAAUAUUAAACGGAAGAUUGACACUUAUCGUCUCAAUAAUUUCAGAUUGAUCCCGAUUGCCUGCGCCGACGUAUAACGAUGCGGCCGUAGGUCUUCACAACAAUAUAAUAACAAUGUAAUUUAUAUUCGAGUGGAGAAAGUCUUGAUACGAUCAACCAUUUUGCCAUCAUCUUUGCGGCAGUCGCUAAAUACGCAAAGUAACCGUGAUUAAACACUUUUGCCGCAACUUUGUUCGCUGGUACUUUGAACGUUGUCCUCCGUACGGGUCGGGUAUAUUCGCUUUAGAUAGUUCCACGUUGUUCAGCGAGGCCCAAUCCACACUCCCAAACUAGUACUGCGUAGUACCGCCAAAUUCGAGGUAUAUUAGUACGAGGUUUAAAUAUACAAGUUCGCCGGGCUCUAAAUCUCACGAGGAAUAAAUGUCGUCACCUCUUGUUAUCGUCGCAUAACAACGUCGGUAGGCGAUGUAUUCCCCUAAAUCCGUUCAUCAUCAUGUGGCGACACCGACAACGUAUAUUUUACGAUGUCUCGUGGUUGUCACUAUGAUCGCCGCAGCGGCCACAUUUUUGCAUAUUAACAAUUACAGGCCUAAACAAACAUUUCUCUCCUGUGACAGACCGUGUCAUCAUUUGGAUUGGCCUAUGAUCUGUCGGGUGAAACUCACGUUAGAAGUCUUCCAAACGCUCAGCAAAUCAUGCGGCGACUGCCCUUCGAAUCAGACGGCUUGCUUGGCCAACCAUUGCGUUUCCGCGGACGGACAAAGACGGGGUAUACUUACGGCCAAUCGUCAAAUGCCAGGACCCAGUAUUCAGGUUUGUGAAAACGAUAUUUUAGUGGUGGAUGUGAUAAAUCGUCUUCCUGGUAAAGCAGCAGCGGUGCAUUGGCGUGGACAAACGCAAAUGGAAAUGCCUUACAUGGAUGGUGCACCGUUGGUCACGCAAUGUCCAAUACCAAGUUACACUACUUUCCAAUACAAAUUUCGCGCGUCCAUGCCCGGUACACAUCUCUGGCACGCACAUGCAGGAGCCGACGUUACGAAUGGCAUUAUCGGAUCGUUGAUCGUGAGACAGGCGGACAUUCGGGAACCCCAUCGUACCCUUUUCGACGUUGACGAUCCUAAUCACGUGAUUCUAGUGACCCAGUGGCAACAUUCGCCGCAAGUAUCGUUCAACCAAGGUUACUCGAAGCCGGCAAUUCUUUUAAUCAAUGGGAGAGGUCGACAGCCCAGCGGAUUCGCAGUUCCUCUGAGCACCUUCACGGUCAUUCCAGGACGACGUCACAGAUUUCGCGUUGCUAAUGCCGGGGGUGCUGGUGCAUGCCCGGUGACGCUUUCUGUCGACAACCACCCGCUUCUUCUGAUCGCGCUUGAUGGAUAUCCUAUAGAGCCGCGACAAGUCACUUCGAUCACUUUGGCCAAAGGUGAAAGGGCGGACUUCGUUCUCAAAGCGAGCAAACGCAUCGGUUCCUAUUGGAUAAACGUGCACACAACGAAAGAAUGCGGAACCAGCGCGAUAAAUGGCGCGGCGAUGCUCAACUAUAAAGGCAAUUCGGAAAAUCCUGCAGCAACGGCGGAAGUUAUCAAUCAGCACGAUAUCGACGAGAUAGAACCGGACCGGCUGGCCAUGACGACGAAUCCCGCCGAGAAAUGCGGCGACCGAGAGAGCUUGUGCGCCAUGGAUAUUCAAAAUAUCCGCAAAAUGCCACAGAUACUUGCCAAGCCUAGGAUGGAUGUGACGCUGUAUCUACCGAUUAACUACAAGAUUCAAGCGACGGAACUGAUAGGUAACGGUGGGACGGAGACGCGAGUGUUGAACGUGGACAAUGCUACUUUCACGUUCCCGUCGUCACCGCUAUUGACCCAGGGUGGGGACGUGUCCCCGGGGAUGCUGUGCACCAACAGCGAUGACAAGGAGGACGAUCUCAAUGAGAGCAACGAGACCGUGUCGCGACGCCGGUGCCGUUCGGUCGGCGAGGUCGGCGCGGGCGACAUAUGCGAGUGCGUGCACGUGCGCCACGUGCCGCUCGGGGCGACCGUCGAGAUUAUUCUCUUGGACCAGGGUGGUCUGGAUGAUCUAGUUUAUCAUCUACACGGCUAUAGUUUUUACGUGGUGGGUGCCAGACAAUUUGGACGAAGUAUGUCACUGCAAGAGGUUAAAAAUCUCGAUGAAAGGAGACAGCUGUUUUCGCGGAAUCUCGAUUGCGCGUUAGCCAAGGAUACCGUCAUCGUGCCCAAGUUCGGUGCCGUAGCGCUGCGGUUUAAAGCCGAUAAUCCAGGUUAUUGGAUGUUACGAGAUGAGCAUGCGACCGAUUGGACUCGUGGUUUAGAUGUUAUCCUGCAAGUCGGAGACCCUAGUAACAUGGUGUCCGCGCCACAAGACUUUCCCAAGUGCGGGUCCUUCGUCGGACCCGAUUAUUUCCUUAUGUAGACUAUUUAAAUACAUUAAAAUGUAUAUAAUUGUAUAUAACAGUAGCGUUCCAAGAACCUAUAGUCGCUUUUAGAUAAAUUUUACAAAUUUUUAUGAAUAAAUAUCCAUUUAUGGUCGUUAA